UAGGCAAAGAAGGAGGAGAAGGAAAAGAUGCGAGCCGAGUACGACGAGCGGAUAUCGUCCAUGAACAUCGACCACCAGGCCGAGAUCAACGAGAUCGAGUUCCGUCUUGAACACCAGGAGAGCCAGCAUCAGAAUGAGCUAUCAGACCUGGAAGCAAGACUGAGGAAUGAGAUGGAGGAUGUGAAGGCUAAACAUCAAGAGGAGAUUGCCAUCAUGCAGCAGGGAAGUUUUCCUACUAGUCUUCAUUAUCUAGACCCUGUUUCUAUGUCACAGAGUGACGGCGAAGGUUUAUCCAGUCAUGAUUUAGAACUUCAGAACGUUACCUUACAGGCUGAACUGCAGCAGUUGAGAGGAUUAUUAGCUGAAGUCAAACUCAAGGAAAAGAGAUUAGAAGCAGAGCUUAUAUCAUUACGAGGAGGUGGAGGGGCUAAUAACAUGGUCAAGGCUGGUCCUGUCCUUGCGGAGCCAACUGAAAUUGAGUACCUGAAGAAGGUUCUCUAUGAGUAUAUGAUGGGCAGGGAAACUAAGACAAUGGCUAAAGUAAUAGCCGCAGUGGUCAAGUUUUCAAGAGAACAGACUGAGAAUAUUAUAGCAAAGGAGGAACAAAAACAAGGGCUGGUCCCUGAACAUGUAUGUACUACUGUGAGCCAAAGACUCUCCCGCAACUAUGAUUUGGGCGGCUGGCUACCCAUUGACGACCCCAUCCAUGGUCAAGAGGAAGGGCUCCUUGACCUACAGCUACCAGAUGCAGCAGCAUGCAGAGGGGGCAUGGCAGGAGCCUUACCUCCGGGAGGAGGAGCCGGGGCAACCGGAGGAGGCAUGGUCAACGAAGGUGCGGUGGUGCUGAGACGGAAACGGUCGUCGCGGCGCAAGGGCGGCGUCUGGCGGGGCAGCGCGGUGCUGAGCACCGAUAUCACCUCGUACUACAGCUGCCGGGAGCACAUCAUGUUGAUCGAAGAGAUGCGCAGGUACUCCCAGGUCAGCGAUUCCGGUAACGUCGAGGAAGAAGCGUUUCGUCUCCACUCCAAUGACUUCAUGUGAAUUUAGCCUUCGAUAUGAUCUGCUAUCGUCGAACACACUCCGGCCAGAAUUCACAAAGGAAGUUUAGCGGGCAAGACCAUAUGUCCAACCCUCUAUGUACAUGGGAUGCAUGUAUAUGGAACCGUCCUGAAUUGACUUUUUAAAAGGCACUUAUGUGCCUCUUUUGUCUGCUAUCCAAGCUCAUUUCCAGAGCUGUAAAACCCCUUUGUGAAUUCUGGCCUUUCUGUUCUGCAUGUUUCUGUACAGCAGUAACCACCACACCAUGCCAGCUAGGUAAACUGAAUGAUUCCAAAGCAACUUGUAGUCUUAGCCAUGCUUAAUCAAUGAAAUCGAUAGUCCUGCCAAUUUUCUUGUCAAAUUGAAGGGGGUAUUAAUAAGAUGCAGUUGAACAACAUUGGUAGUUAUAUUGAAUACAUGUGAGUAAACAUGUAAGUUAGUGUCAUUUUUGCCCAUUAUUGCACAUGCCUCACAUUGUGAGUGGCUCUGAUACUCCAAAGAGAGUGGAGGAUUUGGGCAAUUUCAGUGAAAUCUGACGAACAUUCGGAGAUAUUGUUCUUGAUAUCAUUACCGUAAUGUCAUUCAUUGAGGAAAGAUGAUCCCUGCAGUGAAAAGCUAUGACAAUACAAUAUAUCAUCUAUGUUACUGCCCUAAAGCUUAUGGGGGAGGGAUCCUAGAAAGAAACCUCCAAAGUGAUAAUUUUGUCCUUGCAACUUGGACAGCUAUUCUUUCCAUCUGUCAUGAUCUUCUCACUAAAUUGCUACCAAUUAAAAAUUCAAUAGUGAUCUUACAUGUAUUUCCACACAUCCAUGUCUUGUCUCUACUUUGUCUGAUUUCUUUAAAGACCCAGACUGGAGCUGAAGUGAAAUUGACAAAGAGGAGCUACACAGUACAUGUACUUGUAUGUCAGUUUUAUGCAUAUUCACUGCUUAGCUGCUGAGUAUUUUGCAUAAGAAAACUCUAGUUGAAUGGGUUUCAACAAUAGGCAUUCUUGUUCUUUUUACCGGCCUCAAGACCAUGUUGGUAAGGAGCACAAGAAAGCCUAUUUUCGAAGCAGGAUAUGGGAUCCAUU